CUUUCUCCAUGUCGCGACGGAGGGAGCCGUGCUGCCUCGAGAUAUAGCCUCCCUUUUCUUCUUACCAUGCCUCCGCUCCAGCGCGAUCCCCCAAUUCUGCAGGAGCUCUGCAUUCUUCUUGUUAACGACCAGUAUGGCGAGCUCGCGUCGAAAGUCUUUUCUGUCCUCUGUCGAACGGGCCGAUCCACCCUCGCAGCACUUGCCCGUGCCUCUUAUCUAACCGGAAAGCAAAUCAAACAUGGUCUUGUCACCCUCAUCCAGCAGCACCUCAUCUUCCACUACGCCGCCGACCCCCGUGUUACCUUCUAUGAAAUCGAUUGGCAGCAGGCGUAUUCUCUGCUUCGCUAUGGGCGAAUGGCUUCGAUGAUUGAACACCGCUAUGGCAAGAAGGCCUCCAACAUCCUUCUCAACCUCGUGACAUUUGGCCACGCUAGCGUAGCAGACUUGAACAACGCCUAUUUCCCGCCUCCAGACACGGAUAGCGACAACGAAUCGGAGGACGGAGAAGCCAAUGGCAGUACACUACCGAAGGCUGCAGCGUAUGUCGCGAACCAUUCCCUUCAUUCUCUUACGAAUGGCGAUGGACCAAUGACGAACAGUGGUUCCAAAACAAAUGGGGCUAAGAAGGAAAACACCUUCCUUCCUAAUAAUAAUGUCGCGAACAGCUCUGUGAACAAUAAGGCGAAGAGAGUGUCAGACACUAACGCCUCGCAUGACCACGAGAUGGCCGACGCUGAGGAGGAUGAAAACAACAUUCGCACUAUUGCAGAGCUUCAUGAGCUAAUCCACCUCCUAAUGUUGAAUGGAUGGAUCGUCAGAGUCAAUGCAGCCCACUACCUUUCACCUGGUGAUACCCAUGAAAUUGCGCGACAAGAGAUCCUCGAAGAGGAAUAUCAUGGCAAUAUGCCCACUGGAACAAAAGACAAAGAUAAUCUUGUAGGGCAAGUUGCACGGCGCAAGCGGAGGAUCCGUGACGAGGCGCUGGCAGCACCACACUGCCAGUCUCGCAAGCGUAAACGCGAGGACCGGGAGCUCGAUCGGUCGAGCAAGCGCCUGAAAACGAUGGGCGUGGACCAGUGGACUCCUAGAAACCACCCAGGCCCUCAAGAUGAUGAAACCCUUGUCGUCCGUGUCAACAUGGAGAAACUUUCUGUCGCCAUGCGCACUGAACACCUUGUCCGUCUUGUCGAGAAGCGACUCAGCAAAGUGACGGCCAAAAUAUACGAAGCUAUGCUCUGGACGCUCGAAUACAACCAGCCGCGUUGCUACGAGCCAUGGCCAGAUCCCUACGUUCGUCCGGAUCCUGCUGCUGCUACCUAUGUGGAUCCCAGCCUGCUCAUCACUGCAAAAGAUAUUGUCAAGAUCCUCAGCAGGCAUCUUGACCUCUGUGAAGGGCUUGACCCAGAGGCCGUGUUAGAGGUCGUCCCCGGUCACCGCAUUGAAGAAAAAGGGAACAUCGCACCGCCUAUAAAACCAUUUGAUAUCCCCUUCAAACAGAGACUCCAAUUGAUCGAGAAACACAUCUGGCAACUCUCCUUUGACCCGUUCAACUUCGUCACCUGGCACUCCAGUCUCAAUGGCAAAUGCACUGAAUGGCACAUCGAAUACGACAAAAUCGCGAAAACAAUGAUUCAGCGCGAAGUCGACAACACCAUUGGGACGAGGGCAGAUAAGCUAGGUGUGAAGUUGGUCCGAGCGCUCAAAAAGAAGGGAAGACUGGACGAAAUGGAGAUGGGCGAGGCAAUGAUGAUGAAUCCGAAUGAUAUUCGGGCCAUCGUUUCUGAUCUAGCUAUGAAAGGCUUCGUCCAGACACAAGAGAUUCCUAAGGUUGAUCGUCGAGAGUCUAAGCUCUCGUGGCACUUGGCGUGGUUUGAUCUGCAGCGUACGCGCGAAAAACUGCUGCAUGAUACCUACAAAGGUAUGGUUCGCCUAAUGCAGCGUCUGGCAUUCGAGAAGGAGCAAGUGAAGGAGCUGCUGGCGAAAGCGGAGCGAUCAGAUGUCGUUGGCAACGAAGACAAGUAUCUUAGUCCAGGCGAGAGAGAAGCAUUGAAAAGGUUCCAAGGGGUAGAAGAGGCUCUUUGGGUUCAGUUAGGCCGAGAAGACGAGCUUGUCGCCAUUUUGCGGGACUUUGUUGGGCCUUUCGUGAGUGUUUAGGGGGUGGACUACUUAGUGCAUAUCUGGAAAACAUGCGUUGGCUUUUCGUUGCGGGUUUGGGAGAUUUUUGGGACUGUUGUACGUUCUUGAGAGGUGGUUGCUUCAGUGCGG